AUGAUACUUAAUCAGAUGAGCCGGAAGAUGGAGAAUUAUCCAGCAUUCACCUAUGAUUUUGAGGUGAACUCUAAGGAUAGGCUCAUUCGUCUUUUCUGGUGUGAUCCCAUUGCUAAGAAGAAUUUCCAUCUCUACGGUGAUAUAGUAUCGUACUGCAUGAUAUUUGCACCGUUCACAGGAAAAGACAACCAUGUGAGACCUGUAUCAUUUGGUGCAGGCUUAUUAUCUAAGGAAAAUGCCGAUUCUUUCUCAUGGUUGUUUGAACGUUUUGUCAAAUACAUGGGUUUUGCACCAAAAUUGAGCAUUACUGAUCAGGAUUUGGGGAUGAAGGUUGUUGUGGAAAGAGUCCUUGUUGAUACAAGACAUCGAUGGUGCAUGUGGCACAUCAUGUUUAAGGUUGUGGAAAAGUUACGAAAGAAUCAACUUGGCAAUGAAGACUUGAAAAAGGAGUUAAAGAAUUGUGUGUGGUCUGAGUUGAUAGAGCCUGAAGAAUUUGAUGAAGCCUGGAAUAAAGUAAUGGAAAAAUAUGGGCUUAAGGACAAUGAAUGGUUUUCCUCGAUAUUUGCCUCACGAAAAUUUUGGGUACGUAUCCUUCUUUGGAAGCAUAUUUUCUAUAUGAUGAAGUAUUUUUGUCAUUAUGCUGAAACAUACUCCUCCAUCCCUGAAAAUUUAUCAUCUAUAUCUGCAUCUCAGAACAUAUUCUUCAAGAGGUACUCCAAGUCUCACUCUAAUCUUGUUGAAUUUCUUAUGAAUUACAACAAUGCAUUGGAUGUCCAAAAGAGCAACAACAACAGGCUUGAAUACUUGGAUUUUAAUAUGAUUCCAACUUUGAAAACAAAUUCAGCUCUUGUGAAGCAUGCGUCAACAAUCUAUAGUUACAGUGGUUUCAAACUAACUCAGAGUAAGAUUGAGGAAGCAGUCGAUAAUGUCACCAUGGUGACAGUGUCAAUCUUUGGUGAGAACGAGAUUUAUGUGGUCAACGACAAGUUCUCGAAGAACUGGACUAUGUCAUACUCCACUUCUUUUGAUUCAUAUGCAUGUGGUUGUAAGAUGUUUGAGAGGCUUGGGCUCUAUGCUGUUGUAACGAUUUUGUUGUUGAAGCUUUCAAGGUUGUUAUCUGCUAACAUCAACGAUGAACAAUAUUUGGCCCUCAAGCUCUGA